AAUAAUGCUCAUUCUAUUCAUCGAGUUAAAACCACAGAAAAGGCUAUUCAUUAUGAAAAAGGUUAUGGUCCAUCUUUUGGUAAAACUGAUCUUUCUUUAGUUACUACCACUGAUUCUUGGAUCCCCAGAUGGUUAUGCAUAAAGAGAUGCUAUGAAAAAUUAGAUAUUAAGUUAAAUGUAGAUCGAGAUGGAUAUUUUUAUGCGGAUGAUUAUGAA